AAAUUGCUUUAAUUAGACGUAGUUUUCUCUCCAUCAAGAGCUAUCUUAUAGUGAUAAGAAAGAGAAGGUGUCGGCAGAUAACAAUUGUAGAAGAUCAGAUUAUGUUCAAAAUCGACUUUUUGACUUUCGUGAUUUCGAGAUUUGGUGCGAGCGGCGUAGUUAAAGCUCUCAGCUCGUUCAAUAUUCACAAUCCCGUGGUCCCUCUCCAUCUUUACGCGCGACACAGCGCUUGAUCUGUCUUAAUAUCCCCGAGGAAUAGUCUCGAAUCAGAGUCAAUUGCGUACGUUGUUUAUUUAAUAGUACUGAAAGACGCAAGAAGGCAACAUGGCGCCAAAGUUUGUGCGCGAUAAACAUAUUCAGUACAUUCAAUCGCUCGACAAGAAACAAGAUGAGCUGGAGUACUGGCUAUCAGAACAUUUGAGAAUGAACGGGGUGUACUGGGGUCUGACGGCGCUGGAUCUGAUGGGAGCGCGGGAUGCGCUUCCGAGGGAUAAGAUGAUUGAAUAUGUGAAGAGCUGUCAGCAUGCAAAUGGUGGAUUUGGCGCGAACCCGGGCCACGACGAACAUAUUCUGUACACAUUAUCUGCGAUACAGAUCCUGUUCAUCCAAGGCGCUAUGGACGAAGUUGACGCUGAUCUAGUAGCAAAGUACGUGUGCUCGCUCCAGAACCCGCAGAACGGCGCCGUGCGGGGCGAUCUCUACGCCGACAGCGAGGACACGCGGUUCGUCUACAUCGCGUUCCAGAUCCUCGCGUUACUAGACCGCUUGCCACAAUUUGACGUCGACAAGGCGGUCGAGUACAUCGACUCGUGCAAGAACUACGAUGGCGGGUACGGCAUGGUUCCCGGUGCGGAGUCGCACGCAGGCCAGAUCUUUGUGUGCGUGGCUGCGCUGGCGAUCGCGGAUCGCCUUGAUCUGGUCGACAGGGAUUUACUGUCCUGGUGGCUUUGCGAGCGGCAGGUGCCAUCGGGAGGACUGAACGGACGGCCGGAGAAGUUGCCGGACGUGUGUUAUAGCUGGUGGGUGUUAUCUGCGCUGGCGGUGCUGCAACGACUGGACUGGAUCGACGGGGACCGGCUGCGGGAGUUUAUCCUGGAGGCGCAGGACGACGAGUUGGGUGGGAUUGCGGAUCGCAAGGGAGACGCGGUGGACGUGUUUCAUACUUUGUUUGGGAUCGCGGGGUUGAGUUUGCUGGGGUACGAGGAUCUCGAGCCUGUGGAUCCGAUAUAUUGUCUGCCGGCGCGGGUGACGAAGGAUCUGAAGUAUCGGAGACGGUGAAGUGUAAGAUGGCGUAUUAAAUAAAUGUA